AUGGAUAAAUUAGAAAUACGUAAGUUACAGCGAGAAGAUUGUGUCGCUCUCAGAAAUCUUGUUCAGGAAUUAGCGGACUUUGAGGAAAUGCCCGAUGGUCCAAAGCUUGAUGCUGAAGAUUUAGAAAAAAACGCUUUUGGAGAGCAACCAUUAUUUCAUUCUUUUGUUGCUGAGGUUGAAAAUCAAAUCGUUGGAUAUGCAAUUUAUUAUUACACUUUUUCUACUUGGCGUGGUAAAUCAAUGUUUUUAGAUGAACUUUAUGUUAAGCCAUCUCAUCAAAAAAUGCAUAUUGGCAGUUUAUUAUUUGAUGCAGUAGCAAAGGAAGCUUCCGAAAGUAGCUGCUGUCGACUCGAUUUUAUAGUUUUGAAUUGGAACCCUGCUGCUGAAUUUUAUAAGCGUAGAGGUGUGAUUGACAUUACAAAAAAAGAGAAAUGGCAUUAUUAUCGAAUAGAAGCAGAUGGCUUACAGAAACUUAUAGAAAAAUGA